AGAUAACUAUCAUCGAUGGAGAUGGUAAAAGUUCAGAAUCCACAUAAGGAGAGUUUAAAAUCAAAAGGUAAAAAGCUGGAAUCACCAGGAAUUAUCUACGGGGACCAAACUCCAAGCCACACAGGAUGCGCCUCAAGCAAGAGAGUGCUUAUCCCAAACAGGGCACAAGACGCACGGCAGGUGGAGGAUUUGGACAGGAAGUGGUGCAGCCAUAGACGCCAGGUAGGUGGAGCCCAACAGGGGAAGCACAACUGCGCCACUCGCCGUGUCGUGGUCGCGCGGGUCCACUUGACCGUCGUACGACGCGUCGGAGUGAUGCGCCCAUCUAAAAGACGGGUCUUUGAAAGCAAGCCACACUACUCCUUCUGCAAGACGGCAACUGCCCCAUUGCCGGCGGCGAUGGAGGAAUCCGGCGAGACUAGGCUUCCGGAGCUGCCCCGACCCCCGGAGCUUCCCAUGGAGUUCCUCUCCCGUUCGUGGACCGCCUCCUCGCUGGAGGCCUCCAAGGCCCUUGCGCCACCUCCACCGCCGCUGCCUCCCUUCCUGCCAACCGCUGCGAUCCCAGAGGACGUUGCGGGGGAGGUUGAGGAAACCGGCGCUCCUGCGUCGACGGUCAUAGGGAACCCCUUCUCCUUCGCUUCCUCCGCCACCUCACAGCUCGUCAUGGAGCGGAUCAUGUCGCAGUCGGAAGUAUCGCCUCUCACAUCAGGUCGGCUAUCUCACAGCAGCGGGCCUCUGAACGGCGGUGGAUCACUCUCCGAUAGCCCUCCGGUCUCCCCCUCCGACAUGGACGACGUCAAGUAUUGCGCUACUGGUGGUAACGCGCUCAAGCCCCAACCUUACAGAGGCACCAGCAAGACGGUGGGGAGGUGGCUGAAGGACAGGAAGGAGAAGAAGAAAGAGGAAACCCGAGCCCACAAUGCACAGCUCCACGCUGUAAUCUCGGUGGCCGGGGUGGCGGCUGCCAUCGCUGCAAUUGCCGCUGCCACCGCCGGAGCGUCUGGCUCCGGCAAGGACGACCGGGCCGCUAGAACUGACAUGGCGGUGGCCUCCGCGGCCACCCUCGUCGCCGCUCAGUGCGUCGAGGCCGCCGAGAGCAUGGGGGCCGAGCGUGAGCAAUUGGCAUCCGUGGUGAGUUCCGCCGUCAACGUCAGGACUCCAGGCGAUAUAGUCACUCUCACGGCCGCCGCUGCGACGGCGCUGAGAGGCGCAGCCACGCUGAAGGCGAGAGCGCUGAAGGAGGUGUGGAACAUUGCGGCCGUGAUACCAGUCGAGCGGAGCGCGGUGGCGAACCACCACAACCAUCGCCAUUGUAAACAAGAUAAAGAGUUAGAUAACAACGGCAGCAGCUUCGCCGACGAGUUUGUUCCCGAGGAGAACUUCUUAGGGCUCUGUAGCCAAGAGCUCCUUGCUCGAGGGACCGAGCUCCUCAAACGAACACGGAAAGGCGCACUGCAUUGGAAGGUCGUCUCAGUUUACAUCAACAAAAUGGGUCAGGUUAUGCUUAAGAUGAAGAGCAAGCACGUUGCAGGGACUUUCACCAAGAAGAAGAAAAAUGUUAUCGUAGAUGUGUGCAAGGACAUUCAAGCCUGGCCCGGCCGGCACUUGCUCGAAGGCGGUGAGCUGCGCCGCUACUUUGGGCUGCGGACGGCCGAGCAACGAGUCAUAGAAUUCGAAUGCCGGAGCUUGAGGGAGUACGAUAUGUGGACUCGAGGUGUGUAUCGCCUUCUAAACAUCGUCAAUGACAAGAAGCACCUCUCGUGAACAUGAUUGACCAAUACAAAUUGCUGCCUGUAGUAGAUUCCUCCCUGGGAAUCGAGAUUGUAUAAUUAUUCAAGUUGGGUUUGCAUUGUCAUUAUGAGAUUAGGAAGGGAACUUUGUUUGUUUGUUUUUUUGUUAUUAUUUCUGGUUUUCAUGUGAUGUGGGUCUUACAGCUUCUGCCAGUACUGUCUGCUAAUUGGAUAAAGUGAAGUGUGCAGUGUCAUUUGUGGGAGGAAACCUUUGACUGAAUCUUUCCUUUAUUUUUUUUCA